GCGGAGUCCCGAGGCCUCCCGGCGCCGUCGGGCAGGGAGGCCAGCGGGUGAGAUCUGUAUCUGUGGACCUGAAUGUCGACCCCUCGCUUCAAAUUGACAUACCUGAUGCACUCAGUGAGAGGGAUAAGGUGAAAUUCACAGUGCACACGAAGACCACACUGCCUACAUUUCAGAACCCAGAGUUCUCUGUUACAAGGCAACAUGAAGACUUCGUGUGGCUACAUGACACUCUUAUUGAAACAGCAGAGUAUGCUGGGUUUAUUAUUCCACCUGCUCCUACUAAGCCUGACUUCGAUGGCCCUCGAGAGAAGAUGCAGAAACUGGGAGAGGGUGAAGGGUCUAUGACCAAAGAAGAAUUUGCCAAGAUGAAGCAAGAACUGGAAGCUGAGUAUCUUGCUGUCUUUAAGAAGACUGUGUCCUCUCACGAAGUCUUUCUUCAGCGGCUUUCUUCUCACCCUGUUCUCAGUAAAGAUCGCAACUUCCAUGUUUUCCUGGAAUAUGAUCAGGAUCUAAGUGUUAGGCGGAAAAACACCAAAGAGAUGUUUGGAGGAUUUUUCAAAAGUGUGGUGAAAAGUGCUGAUGAAGUCCUUUUUUCUGGAGUUAAGGAGGUAGAUGAUUUCUUUGAGCAAGAGAAGAACUUUCUUGUUAACUAUUACAAUAGGAUCAAGGAUUCCUGUGCAAAAGCGGACAGAAUGACCAGAUCUCAUAAAAACGUUGCUGACGACUAUAUCCACACUGCAGCCUGCCUGCACAGCUUGGCUUUAGAGGAGCCUACAGUCAUCAAAAAGUACCUAUUGAAGGUUGCUGAACUGUUUGAAAAACUUAGGAAAGUAGAGAGUCGAGUCUCAUCAGACGAAGAUUUGAAGCUGACAGAACUCCUCCGGUACUACAUGCUAAACAUAGAGGCUGCUAAGGAUCUCUUAUACCGACGCACCAAAGCCCUUAUUGACUAUGAGAACUCAAACAAAGCUCUGGAUAAGGCCCGGUUAAAAAGCAAAGAUGUCAAGUUGGCCGAGGCACAUCAGCAGGAGUGCUGCCAGAAAUUCGAACAGCUUUCUGAAUCUGCAAAAGAAGAAUUGGUAAAUUUCAAACGGAAGAGAGUGGCAGCAUUUAGAAAGAAUCUAAUUGAAAUGUCUGAACUGGAAAUAAAGCAUGCCAGGAACAAUGUCUCCCUCUUGCAGAGCUGCAUUGACUUGUUCAAGAACAACUGAUCUGCUUUACUUUGAAAGAAGAGAAUGAAUGUGAAAGAAAGCCAGCAUUACCUUGCACUUAAAUCAUUACCAUGGAUGAUUAGUUUUUACUUUAGUUUAAAAUUGUGUUAAUAAAUAUUUUGAUUUUGAAAAAUCUUAACACUUAACCAUGUUGGUUUAAAAAUACUUUCAUUGCAUGCUACUUGGACAUAACCAGUCUUUUCCUUACACAUUUAAUACCUCAAAAGUGGGCAAAAUCUAAAUCCUGGGUUCUCCUGUACUUGAGUUACUGAGCAGUAUAGGAGACAUGUGCCUUCUGGAAAUUUGUGUCAUUUUCAUGCACCCAUGUCCUUACAAACCAGUUGUCAAGGAGGUGCCACU